AUGAUAAGACAUGCCAUGAACGUGAUAAAACUGUCCGUAGAUCAUCUGAAUCCAGGUCAAGUCCCAGUCAUUGCCGUAGAUCAGCCAUUAUAUGCUGUAGCGAAAAACCAGUGGAGAUGGGCUAGUCAUUACGGCGAGGAUAAAUUCGUUGUAGUAUUCGGUGGACUCCACAUCGAGAUGGCGUUUCUGAAGGUGCUAGGAGAUUGGCUUGAGGGAAGUGGGUGGACAGUGGUCCUUUCAGAUGCAAACGUUGCUACGCCAGGAACUGCUAAUUCGUUUCUCAAGGCCACAAAUGUAACGCGCCUCGAAGGGGCUCAUCAGGUGACAGCAUGCUCCUUAUUUAUUCUUCUAAAGAGAGCGUAUCAGAGGUAAAUAUGUCAUUUCAAUGGUAAAACUGGUGGGAAAAUCUUAAUGUUUUAGUUAUAGCUGAGCUGCACAUUGCUGCUUUAACUAGCUUUACAAACACUUCACUCAAAUCUCAACAAGGUUAAGGAUCUUAACUUUCGGGGACGUAAUCCAGCUGGCUAAAGGUAGAGCGUGGAACAACUGCAUUCUGUCCUCGAGACUCUACAAAAAGAAGCACCGAAAACAGCCAACAGAUAUAUUAGUUAAUAUCGAGUUUUGAUAUGAGCGCGAUAAGCAACCUUGCGGCUCUGUAUAAAAUUUCUUACAUGCAUGGCUGAUGGAAAUAAAAAAGGGUGGAUUUUUUAUCCCGGUAUUGCCGUUUAAGGCUUUAAAAAUAAGGAUAAUUAUGUUAUCAAUGGAUUGUUACAUCGUAAAACUUAUUAGUAAAAUGUUUCACUUGGUGAUAGGUACGUAGAUGGAAUGGGUAAUGGUGCCCUUUCCUUUGACGAGUGGUGUAACCAUCAGAGACGUAAAGUACCCCAGUUUCAGUACUGGCAUACAGCCCUUCAACUGGAGCUUCUUCUCCUUGUUUUUCUAAAAGUCGCUCCGCCUUGCUGA